GUUCUCUGUGGGGAGGAACAACUUCAAGUGGGAGCCACUGGUGGACCCCCGGAAGCAAUUGGAGAGUACAGCCAUGUCUUUAGCUGCAUGCAGUGAGGCAUGGGGCGUCUGCGAGAAUGCCGGGAAUUCACGGAGCAAGGCCAGAGGUCGAGCCAUGCUGCCCACGUCUAGAGAGGUGGAGGUGAAUGUGAGUGUGCGCCACAUGUACCUGUACAGUCGCGAGGUGCGUGGGGUGGUGGCACGUCUCCGCGCCGAGUGUGGGUCACUGUCCGUGCACGCAGUUGCCUUGGCCCACAGUCAAGGUGAUCUGAAGAAGGCCUUGGGACACGUUCGUAAUGAGAAGCAGGCAAAUGUGCAAGCUUCUAGCAUGCGAUCGCGACGACCUACACGUGAGGUGGGUCCAGAUGAAGUGGACGUGCUGCUUGGUGUUGAGCGGAAGCAGCUGGCGGAGUUGGAGAGCGUCCUAGCAGAAACGCUGCUGCGCGCUGAAGCCUUGCAGCAAAACUUGGCCCUUUGCCGUAAGCGGUUGCUGGCGUGCAUCUCUGAGAGGUCCUGUGUGCUAGACUUGAUCGGACACGCAACACCCAGUCGUCUAAGUCAUACGACUCCUUCUGCCCAAUGGAGCCCAGAUCCUAUUGGCCCACUGUCCCCAGAGUGCGCCCGCAUGCUGGAAGAAGCUGCACAAGGUCAGAAGGAGGUGAUGGCAAUCCGCUCUGAGAUUGGUCACGUGAUCAAGAAGGUGGCUCACCUGCAGAGCAGAGCACGCCAGCGUGUGACACAAGGUUUGGGCCAGAAGCUAGUGCAGACCAACUGCCUCGCGCGAGCGCUGCAAGUGAGUGCAGGCCACACACGCAUGGCAAUCCACCAAGCACAGAGGUGGCAUGCGGCGAUCUCAACAGCACAGGGGUACAUAGAGGGUCCCAAGAGAUACGGUGACAUUCCACUGAGAGAGCGUUUGGAUCGACCCAUGGUCAAAGUUUACCAGAGGCACCCGGGAACUCAGCUGCCUGAAGCAACUGGAGUCUUACAGGCAGGGGAAGGGCUGUCACAUUCUCUUGCUGCAUGCAAAGGGGACCUGGAACAACUCGUGAGCGCUCAGCACAUGUUAGCUGCCGACUUACGUGACAAGGUGGCUGCUACUCGGGUAGAUGCAGAAGCUGCUCGUUUUAGAAGGCGUUGUGCCACCCUCCGCUACUAGCAGAGUAAAACAUUCACUGGCAGACGUUUGCUUUCUCAACAAUGUCAACAAUCUGAGCAUUUGUUGUGUCAUUUAAAGUGUUAAAUUGUUCUGACAAUUCCCUCAUUAUUAAAUUCUCUUGAUGUCAGAUACAAAUUAGAGAGUAGCACGCUUAGAUUUUUGCCUUUAAACAUAAACCAAUGCUAUUGGCGUGAUGUGCAGAGUGUUAUUUUCUUCAUUAUCAUUGCAUACACAUCCAGUCCUGUUUCAUUGUUUUAAAGUAAUUAUACAUUUCAGUUUUGCGAAAUACUUUCAAAUAUCUUUAUUGUUACUAAAUGUUGUCAUUGCAGUAUAGGAAAUAAAGAAUUGCGUCAACAGUA